UUUAAUUUUUUAUUUUUUAAUUCUUUGAAAUCUUGGAUUUAAAUUCAAAAAGCAGAACAGAGACACCUUCUUCUCUCCCGCGGGCCUUUAUGUGUUUAAUGUAAUUUGUUUUAUUGCCUUUACAAACUGUUACAAGUGGAUGUGGACAGUUUGCUCCUGCACUAAAGUUUUUUUUUUUCUCCUUUCUUGACUAUCAUGCAUGUGACUCUGGUAUCGCAUUAUACCGGAUUAUAAAAUAUAGAUUUUAUGGACUAUCACCUUGCUAACUAACAUAUCCCACCUGGACUUUUAUUCUGAAAAUCGCAUGUUAAGUUGUGGGACUUUUUUUUUUUUUAAAAGGAAAGAAAACAAUCAGCUGCUUAACUUUGAAAUCCAGUAAGAUGUAUUCACAGAUGCCGGGCAACAUGGCAGUUAACUGGGUUGUGUAUUCUGUGUUUUUGCUGCCGCUGUUCGCGGUGGGGACCGCCUUCUCGGGGGUCUUCAAUGCCACAGACAGAGACAUUUUCACAGAUGACUUGCUGCAGGUCAAGCUCACACAAGACAGAGCUGCUGAGCAGUGGAAACUCCAGUCUACUGCCUCCCAUCCAAACCUGUAUUUUAACCAGGUGGAUGUGUUGCACUUGAGGCAAAGGUCCUCCACCACCCACAGUCAUAUUUUUAAAGUCAUCCGGGCGGCUGUGCUCACCAUGUUGUCUAAUGUCCCUUUUUACAUGCCCCCUGUGAAACAUGAGGAGUUUACAAGCAAGUGGAAUGAGAUUUAUGGGAACAACCUGCCUCCCCUGGCGCUCUACUGCCUGUUGUGCCCGGAGGACUCUGCAGCGCUGCAGUUUCUUAUCAAGUUUAUGGAUAGGAUGGCUGAGUACCCUGACUGGAAGGUGACCAGUGCCCCUAAUGACGAGGUCCCCAUGGCGCACUCUCUCACCGGUUUUGCUACUGCUUAUGACUUUAUUUACUCUCAGCUCGACCAGCGCAGACGGGAUGUUUACCUGAAAAAGAUCCGCUCUGAGACAGAAGAGCUGUAUGAGCUCUCCAAGUACAGAGGGUGGGGGAAGCAGUAUCUCCAGAAUCAUCAAACUACGAACAUUUUAGCCAUCCUGACCGGUGCAAUAGUGGUCGGAUCACACGGCGACCCGGAGUCAAUGAUCUGGAAGCAGGUGUCGGUGAACUACAUGGAGAAAACAAUGUUCCUCCUAAAUCACAUAGUUGACGGGUCCCUGGACGAGGGGGUAGCCUACGGGAGCUACACAGCCAAGUCCAUCACGCAGUACGUCUUCUUAGCUCAGCGCCACUUCAGCAUCGACAACAUGCAGAACAACUGGCUGCGGGGACACUUCUGGUUCUAUUACGCCACCCUGCUGCCGGGCUUCCAGAGGACGGUCGGCAUCGCGGACUCCAACUACAACUGGUUCUACGGGCCCGAGAGUCAGCUCGUCUUCCUCGACACGUUCGUCAUGAGGAACGGGACGGGCAACUGGCUGGCUCAGCAGAUUAGAAAGCACAGACCCAAGGACGGUCCCAUGGGGCAGUCGUCCGCCCAACGCUGGGCCACACUUCACACAGAAUACAUCUGGUACAACUCCCACCUCACACAGCAGCCUCCCCACAAUUUUGGCAGAGCGAGGAUGCAUAUUUUCUCAAACUGGGGUGUGGUCACCUACGGAGCGGGGCUGCCCAACGGUCAGGGUAAUACUUUUGUCUCCUUUAAGUCUGGCAGGCUGGGUGGCCGCGCAGUCUAUGAUAUUGUCCAUGACAAGCCUUACUCCUGGGUGGAUGGCUGGAACAGUUUUAACCCCGGUCACGAGCACCCGGACCAGAACUCUUUCACAUUUGCCCCUAAUGGACAAGUGUUUGUAUCUGAAGCACUUUAUGGCCCAAAGUACAGCUACCUGAACAAUGUCCUGGUGUUCAGCCCCUCCCCCACCAGUCAGUGUAACAGUCCGUGGGAGGGUCAGCUGGGGGAGUGCGCGAAGUGGCUGCGUUGGACCGACGAAGGGGUGGGUGAUACCAGAGGGGAGGUGAUUGUCGCCUCCUCGCACGGGGACACCAUGUUCGUGAGUGGGGAGGCGGUGUCGGCGUACUCCGCCGCCAUGAGACUAAAGAGCGUGUUCAGGGCCUUGGUUCUGCUCAACUCGCAGACGUUGCUCGUGCUCGACCACGUGGAGAAGUGGGGCGACUCGCCCGUGAAGUCGCUCAGCGCCUUUUUCCACAACCUCGACAUUGACUUUAAAUACGUCCCUUUCAGAUUCAUGGACAAAUACAACGGCGCGAUGAUGGACGUGUGGGACGCCCACUAUAAAAUGUUCUGGUUCGACGCCCAGGGUCACAGCCCCGAUACCAGGAUACAGGAGGCGGAGCAGGCGGCGGAGUUUAAGAAGAGGUGGACUCAGUAUGUCAACGUCACUUUCCCAGUGACGGGGACAGUCAGCAGAGUGGCUUAUGUUUUACACGGGCCGUAUGUCAAAGUGUCCAACUGUAGAUUUAUGGAUAAUAGCAAAAACGGAGUGAGGCUUUCUUUAACCAUAAACAACACAGAGAGGAUCGUUUCUAUAGCGACCAACUAUAAAGACAUCGGGGCCAGGUUGAAUUAUUUAGGAUUCGGAGGUCACUGCAAGGUUGAGGACAGAUAUCAAAUCACUCGAUUCGGCCUCGGGACUCAACUCAUCCCCAAACAAAUCAGCAGUGAUAAUCAGCUGUUCGACUUUGGAUUCACAGUCAACGUGAUAGCAGGGGUCGUUCUCUGUGUGGCCAUCGGAUUUCUGACCAUGCAGAGAAAGUUUUAUGUGUGCUUCAGCAGGCUGAUGCGUUACGCCCUCCUCUCUGUGCUCAUUCUGUGGAUAGCCGAGCUGCUGUUUGUGUCUAACAGCUGCGAUCAGCUUCUCUGUGGGGUAAAAUGGAAAGGUGCGGGUGCCAAGAGCGAAGUAAACAAACAAAUCAGAUUGUACGAGCAGCGCCGGCUCCCGCUCCCCACCGUCGUCAUAACAACCCUUCCCGGAUCGGGAUCGGAGAUACUCAAACAUCUUUUCUACAACAGCUCGGACUUUGUUUACAUCAGGGUUCCCACCGAGCACGUGGACAUCCCCGAGACCGAGUUUGAGUUCGACUCGCUGGUCGACGCCUGCGAGUGGUCAAGGUCAGACGCCAUGCACGGACGCUUUAAGAUUAUUCAGGGCUGGCUGCACUCGCUGGUCCACAACACAAAGCUGCACUUGCAGAAUAUUCAGCUGGCGGAGGGCGGGGGCAGGGUCAAACAGCUGCAGAGGGUCGGCCCCUCCAGGGACAGGAAGAAAAGAUCCAGGAGGAGGGAGCCGGCGUCUGAGCUGAAGGGCAAACUGAGGGCCAGUCUGGACAGAGAUGCAGAGUACAUCAGGGAGAUGAGACGCCACGUUGUGGACUACCCCGAUGCCAGGGUUGUCCUCAACAUGCGCAGUGGAAGCUGGGCCCUCAAACUGCCUUUCCUUCAGGAGGUGGUGGGACCCUCCUUGAGGACAAUCUACUUGGUGAGAGACCCUCGAGCGUGGAUUUAUCUCAUGGUCUAUAACAGCAAACCCAGCCUUUACUCCCUUAAAAACAUCCCCCAGCACCUUUCCUUGAUAUUCAAGGAGGAUGCCGUCAGGGAUGGGUGCCCGAGCGUGGCGCCAGAGUUUCAAACAAUCCGGAGGCUGCUGUCCCGCUCGGAGACCAACCCGGUCCUGAUACUGGCUCAUCUGUGGCUGGCUCACACCGCAGCGGUGCUGAGGGUCAGCGAGGGCCUCCCCGAGGAGUCCUACCUCCAAGUGAGGUUUGAGGACGUGGUCAACUUCCCGCAGGAGACGGCGGAGAGCAUACACACAUUCCUCGGGGUGCCCGUCUCACCCGCGGCCCUCAACCAACUCAUUUUCACCACCUCCACGAACCUGUACAAUCUAAUGUACGAAGGUGACAUUUCACCAGCCAAUAUUAACGUGUGGAGACAGAACAUGCCCCGAAAGGACGUCAGACUAGUAGAGGAUGUGUGUGGGAGCGUGAUGAAGAGGCUGGGUUACGCCCGGUCUGCCAGUUAACCUACUGCUGCUGGUCAGCUGAUGUUGAGCUGUCUUGUUUUACUGUAGCUGCACAUCCAGUUGUGUAAAGUUGUUUUUUGUUUUGUGUUUUUCUUUCUUUUGCACUGACAUUAAAUUUUAAAAAGACGAUGUUACAAGUUGAGGGGAAAAAAAGCUGCGUAGCAUUGCUGUCUUUGUUAAAAGUUUUUCUUUGUGUCAGCUGUAUUUGUUUGGGUGUGUGUGUAAGGUGUUGUACCGACUACAGCAACAGAUGUCGGUGAGGGAGGAAUAUUUUACAUUAAAAUAGGUGGAAGGGAGCUUCUGUUAUUAGUCUUCUUCCCACAGCAGCUCUGUUCACUUUAACUUGUAGCGCUCUUUUAUUGAGCGAGACUUUAGACCUUUGCUGUUUUUACAUGCAGGGGGGGGGGAAACGCCACU